GUAUAAUUUAAUGAAAAGAAAUUGAUAAACAAAAUAACAUGUAAAUGAAAUUUUGGAGGAAUAAAAAUUAUCCUCUAUUUAUUUCGAAGCGAAAAACUUUAGCCGGCUCGAGCUAAGUUGUGCGGGAUGCAGACCGGUUUAAACGACACCGAGCGAAGCUCCGAAGUCCGUAGUACCCAAGCUGCGUAACAACUGGAAACUCACGACUCUUGUGUUCUGCCCUUCACUCAUCUAAUGCUGCGUGCUGGUAGACAUGGAGGUCGCGAUUUGUUCUCAAAUCUCCUCAAAAUCUCAUCUUGCUCAGAAUUCUUUCUUCACUCUUCUCCAUUUUCUUCAACGCCAAGAACCGCCACCAACUAUCCCUUAUCACUUACCAAGCAAUUGCCUCAAGUUUCAGCUUCAAAAGCUGUAAGUUCUUCUGCUGUUCGUUCCAUUGCUGCUUUGCUCUCUGCUCCGACCGUCCAAUGUAAAGAUUUUGAUGACUUGUUAAAGGAUUAUAACGACAAGUUAAAUUCAAAACUUGUGCUUCAUAUUCUGAUGAAUUAUAAGCAGUUAGGUAGAGUUAAAACCUUGGAGUUCUUCUCCUGGGCUGGAACCCAAACGGGUUUCCAGUUUGAUGACUGUGUCAUUGAGUACAUGGCUGAUUUCUUGGGUAGGAGGAAGCUCUUUGAUGAUAUCAACUGUCUCUUGCUCACUAUCUUGUCUCAUAAGGGGGGGCUUUCGUGCCGGGUUUUUUCAAUUUGUAUUAGGUUUUUGGGUAGGCAGGGGAGGGUUGCAGAAGCCCUUUCUCUGUUUCAAGAAAUGGAAACUACAUUUAGGUGUAAACCUGAUAAUAUUGUCUGUAACAAUAUUCUCUAUGUGCUUUGCAAGAAGGAGACAUCUGGGGAACUGAUUGAUGUUGCCCUCACUAUUUUUCACAGGAUUGAUGUUCCCGAUACCUAUUCAUAUAGUAAUAUUCUUGUUGGUUUAUGUAAAUUUGGUAGGCUUGAGACUGCCCUCCAGGUUUUUCACAAAAUGCAUAGAGCGGGUUUGGUCCCGACCAGGUCAGCAGUGAAUGUUCUUAUUGGGCAGUUGUGUUUGUUAAGUGCUAAGGAAGGAGCAAUUGAGAAAGUUAGAGUGAAAAAUGUUUCUAGACCAUUUACAAUUUUGGUUCCAAAUGUGAGCUCAAAGAAGGGUGCUAUAGAGCCUGCAGUUUCUGUGUUUCGGAAAGCUCAUGAUUCGGGUUUGUUACCUAGUGCUUUUGUUAUAGUUCAGCUUCUGUCAGAGCUAUGUAGAUUGGAGAAGUUGGAAGAAGCAUUUAAGAUUCUGAAGGUUGUUGAGCAGAGAAAGAUGAGUUGCUUGGAAGAGGGCUAUUCUGUUCUUGUGCAAGCUUUCUGUGAACGUAAUUUGGUCGAGAAAGCUAGCUUUUUGUUUGGGAGAACGCUAUCCCUUGGUGUGAAGCCAAAGUUGGUUGUUUAUAACUCCAUGAUUUGCAUGCUAUGCAAAGCAGGAAUUUUGGAUGAUGCUGAAAGGGUGUUCAAGAUUAUGAACAAAGAGAGAUGUCUUCCUGAUAAUGUAACCUAUAAUGCUCUAGUCAAUGCUUAUUGUGAAGCAAGGAAUUGGAAAGCUGCUUACAGUUUGUUGACAGAAAUGUUGGGCCUGGGUUUGACUCCAAAUUUUCACACAUUUACUUUGGUGGACAAACUUUUGACGGAAAAUGGGCAGGUGGAUUUGUGUUUCAAAUUGGAAGGUAAAUUGGAAACACAGAUCUUGCUCAAGCACUGUAAAGUUGGUCAAUUGGAAGUUGCUUAUCAGAAACUGAACUUGAUGAUUGGAAAAGGUUUCCACCCACCAGUGUAUGUAUGUGAUGCUUUCCAACAGGCAUUUCAAAAGUAUGGUAAGUUGAAAAUAGCUCGUGAAUUGCUUGACAAGAUGGAUAAAGUUUGCAAGCAUGACGAGGAGAGAAAAAACUAGAAGUUCUUAGUAAGCUAUCAGCAGGCAGUUCCCUCUUACCUUGCCAAGGGUUGAAGGGGAAAUUUGGGACAAACCUGACAUGCUGCCAAGAAUAACAAGGUGGAUACCUCAUUUUUUAAUACCAAAUGGGAACAAAUUCUUAAGAAUGUUUGCUUGUUAGCAUUCAGUAAGAAAUCUCUAAUAGAAAGAACUAAUAUUUUCUAUGCUCUCUCUGUCCUUCAAGGCAAGAACUUCCGGAUGGAACUGCUCAAAUUAAAAUGGAGUCAAGUAGAAUCAUUGCAUGGUUCUUGAAACAUCAAGGGGACGCCUUUCUUGAACUGUUUGAAGCUAUGUUGGAUUGAUCAAGUUCUAUGCGAAUUGCUGGCCCGUUUCUACACUUCACAAUUUAUGGACAACCGUUGGUGGUUAUUUAUUUCUGUCCAUGACAUUAUCAUGUGCGACUUUGUUUUGGAGGAGAUAGAAACGCGGGAGCAAGUUCGGUUGAACCACCACAAGUUGGUUCGUUGAGACCUUCUGAGCAAAGCAGAUAUGAUCUUUCGGACUGGUGAACAUACAGCUGUAUCAUCAAUGAUCUGAGCAAAACAGAUAUGAUCUUUUUGUAUAACCAACUUCUCGAAGAUGAAGUGCAUUUUAGAGACCUUAGAGGACCAAUAACUCUUCAUCAGAUAAACAUGUUUGGGCUCUGGCUGUUUUGCAGAAAAUAGAAAGAGUUUUUUCUGUUACCGAAUUUAAUAUUGAAACAGUAUACUAGAGAAAGAAUUUGAUUUGCCAGAAGCUGUAAACCUUUUAAUCUUUACUUAUACUAUUUGCUUGGAAGAAUUAUUGCUUAUACUAUUUGCUUGGAAGAAUUAUUGCUUACUCUUGAUAGCAAAUCUUCCAAUCAGCAGCCACUCUGAUCUUAACCGGGAUAUGAAAAUAGUAUAUGAUUGAUGGAA